UGCUCAGCUUAAUUAUUUCCCCCGCGCACAAACACAUAAACACAUAAAUUCCUUCAUCUUCUCUCACUCGCUCCAGAGCAAGCAAUAAAGUUUGUGGUCCUCGUGAGCAAACAGCCAGUGACAAUAUAUCGAUUGUGGUGGUGCAAACGGCAUUAUUAAAGUACUUGCUGAAGUGUGUCGAAGUCAAGUGGAGUGUGAAUAAUUCCAUUGAUCUCCGGAAUGAAUCUCCUGCCUGUGAUUUUCCUCCUUAUCACCACAUUUGCCGAGGGAGCGAUUGUGGAGGCCGAUACAGAAGAUUAUUGCUUCGCCACUGAUCCGAUUAGAGAGCAAGUUAGGAGAUUCUUCUCAAAGACUGCUUAUCAAUUUGUGCGUGGAAAUGAAAAUAUCACCAUCGAUUCUGGUUGUCUUCCUGAGAGAUUUUGGCUGUUAUCGCGCCACGGAACUCGCUUGACGCCACAGAGAGACACAAAAUAUCUAUCAGAGAAGCUUCCGGUGAUUCAGAGAGAGAUUCUGUCUCAAAACAACGCCUUGUGUAGAGAGGAUGUUGCUUUGCUGGCAUCCUGGAAGUGGGAUGUCAAUGUAACAGAGGACAAAUCAGAGUUUCUCUCCACUCAAGGAUGGGAAGAUCUCCGUGGCUUGGCAAGAUACUUCCAGAAUCAAUUCCCAGCGUUGCUACAGAAGAAGUACUCAAAGAGAAAAUACUUCUUCCGUCACACGAACAAGCAGAGAACACAGGCGAGCUUCGAGGCAUUCGCUGAGGGAUUGUUUGGAUCUUAUAAGAAUGUCGAAGCAGCUCCAAUUCCCCAGAACGACACUCUCCUCAGGCCUUAUGACUUCUCAGAAGAGUGGAAAGAGCAAGAAAAAUCAGUUUAUCAGGACGGAUCGGAGUACAGGAAGUUCCGAGAGAGUCUCAACUUCCUCAACAUGAUUGACAAUGUCUCUAAGAGGGCGGGAUAUAACACUAGCUUAACUCCUGAAGCAGUUGAGAUGCUUUUCAAGGCUUGUAUUUAUGACCAAGCGUGGAGAAUUGAGGAGCCAAGUCCUUGGUGUUCACUCUUCACGCCGAACGACGUGAAGGUCCUGGAGUAUCUGCACGAUCUGGAGGAGUACUACAUCAACGGCGGAGCGUCGGAUAUCAACAAAUCGCUUGCCAAUGAGUUGCUGGACAAUUUCUUGACACACUUCAUGAGCAACGAAGACCCCAAAGUUGUGGCUUUCUUCACCCAUUCCACCACUGUUGAGCUCUUCCUCACUGCCCUGGGAAUUGCCCAAGAUGACACAGCUCUCAUGGCGGACAAUUUCGACGCGAUGGAGAAUCGCAAGUGGCGAACAAGUGAAAUUGCUCCCUUUGCCUCAAAUCUCGUCAUUGUCAGCUUGUCUUGCAAUUCAGGACCGCGAAAUCGCUUGAUUUACCUCCUCAAUGAGAGAAUUUUGGAGUUGUGA